CAAACUCCUCUGCGAGUUAUCAGACGGAUCGCCACGAGAGACGUAUAUAACUAUCCAGGAAUGCCUCAUCGGUGAUAGUCCUUCAAGCACUCACAGUCACUCAUCAAACGCAUACAUUUUCGGAUACAUAUUACCUGAAUUCGCCCAUAUGUUCAGCUCAAUCCUUCCCGGUACUGCUACACCUAACUCCGGUCGCUCCGCCUCUCCCCCUCACGACAUGACCUCCGAACAAAGUCGUUCAGCGCACCCUGCGCCCACAACCCGUCGACGUCGCAUUGUGGUUGCAAUGACAGGCGCUACCGGAGCGUUGCUUGGGAUCAAAGUGUUGAUUGCUCUACGUCGAUUGAACGUGGAAACCCACUUGGUCCUGAGUAAAUGGGCGGAAGCUACGAUUAAAUACGAAACCGAUUACCAUCCAUCAAAUGUCAGAGCUCUAGCCGACCACGUACACAAUAUCAAUGAUAUGGCGGCACCGAUAUCGAGCGGGUCGUUCCGGGCGGACGGGAUGAUCGUGGUGCCUUGCAGCAUGAAGACUUUGGCGGCCAUCCACUCAGGAUUCUGUGAUGAUCUCAUCUCUCGCACGGCGGAUGUGAUGCUCAAGGAGCGACGACGACUGGUUUUGGUGGCGCGCGAGACGCCGCUAAGCGAGAUUCAUCUGCGAAACAUGCUCGAGGUUACACGCGCCGGAGCGGUUAUCUUCCCGCCCGUACCGGCGUUUUAUACCAAAGCGGCAGGUGUUGAUGAGUUAAUCGACCAGAGUGUCGGACGAAUGCUGGAUCUGUUCGAUCUGGACACUGGAGAUUUCGAGCGAUGGAACGGAUGGGAAAAGUGAUGGGAGUUGUCUUUGGUCGCAUUUUCUUUUUAUGGGCGCAUAUACCUCUUUUUGAGUGCAAAUGGGUUUAAGUUCAGGGGCGUGAUCUGCUUUUACGGUUAGACUUUGGUUGAAUAAUAGACCUAUUUUUGGGGCCGGACGGCCUUUGAGAAUCGACGAACCGCGGAUGAUUUUCGCUACCACG